CUACUUCUGACAAUUAUAUUUUCCUGUAUUUACACCACAACUCCUAAAUAAACUCAGUCCUGCUGGAGCUGUGCUGGUAGCCAGGAAGAGUUUUUGUCUGGGGAAGUCAGUCCUCGGAGCUGGCCAGGAUGAUUUCUCAGCAGGCAGCCUGUUCCUAGCUGGGUGACUUAUGAGCUGUGCUAUUUCUUAUUACCUUCUGUUUGUUUUUCCAGGCUGCAAACUCUUGGCUGUGGAGCUGACAUCCAGCAACACCAAGCCCGUGGUGCAGGAAUUCCAAAGUGUUGAGCUGUCCUGCAUCAUUAAAUCCACGGUGACACCAGAUCCCAGAAUUGAGUGGAAGAAAAUCCGAAAUGGAGAAACCUCUUAUGUGUUUUUCGAAAACAAAAUGCAGGGAGACUUUGCCACACGGGCAGAGAUUCUGAGCAGGACGUCCCUGGUGAUUAAGAACACCACGAGGAUGGACACGGCCACGUACCGCUGCGAGGUGGCCGCGCCCUCUGACACCAAAACCAUCGAUGAGAUCAACAUCCAGCUCACAGUCCAAGUGAAACCCAUGACCCCCAGAUGCUCUGUGCCUAAAGCUGUCCCUGUUGGCAAGUCAGCCUCUCUUCACUGCCACGAGAACGAAGGUUUCCCCAAAUCCACCUACAGCUGGUACCGCAACAGCGAACCUCUGUCACCCGACAGCAAAUCCAGCACCAAGUCCCACAACUCCUCCUACACCCUGAACCCUGCCACAGGCACUCUGGUUUUCCACGCCGUGCACAAAGGUGACACAGGUCGCUACUCCUGCAUAGCAACAAACGAUGCUGGCUUUGCCAAGUGUGAGGAGCAGGAGAUGGAAGUCUAUGACCUCAAUAUCGGAGGGAUAAUCGGGGGAGUCCUGGUGGUCCUCGCAGUCCUGGUGCUCAUCACCCUUGGGAUCUGCUGUGCCUACAGAAGGGGAUACUUUGCAAAUGGCAAAGAGAGUGGGGAAAGCUACAAGUCUCCAGCAAAGCCUGAUGGCGUUAACUAUAUCCGGACAGAUGAUGAGGGUGACUUCAGACACAAGUCUUCAUUUGUCAUCUAAGAUGCCAAAAGGAAAUUGCAAACCAGCAAAAGCAAGUGUGAAAAUACCUCCUCCAGGAACUCCAAGCAAGAGCAAAAGAUUAAUUAAGUGCGCUUGGAAGAGUUUGGAACACACAAGAACUCGAUAGCUAGCUAUCUGUAUAUCUUUUUUUUCUUUGCCAAAGUUUAAAGUAACUCCUCACUGCCCAACUCGCGUCUCCCCUGCCUCUGGAGAUACCAACAGGAUCACCCAAACUUGUCCUUGGACUAAGGAAAGGUUUUAAUCCUUCCCAAGAGACUGGGCUGUGGAAGUUUGUGGAAUUGCCUUCUCUUUGUGCUGCAGGGACACAGCCACAAUGUGCAAACCAAGCAGGGGCACAGCAUUAGGUAAACGUGUAGCAGACAUUACCAGUAAUGUGUUACCAGUAGACAAAAAAAAGGUGCUGAAACAGCAUUAGAUGGACUUCAAAGAGUGGGAUUUGGGGGAUUUCCUCCCAGCAGCUCAUUGCCCAGGCCUGGCUGGUGACUUUUCCACAUCUGUGAUUGUCUUGUGCUCGGCUCUGACUGCUCAGGUGCACAGGGGGUCUGUGCCCAGCCAGCAGUGACAGUGAAAACACCACUAAUGCCCUCAGCCCUUCUGAAACCGUCCCCAAAUGCUGUUAUUUAACACCACCCCCAGGGUAGGGGCACUGCCUCUGCUCCCUGCUUGCCAGGACUCAUUGCACGCAGGUAACCCCUCCUUCUAAUCUGCACAAAGCAGGCUUGGCUCCUGCGUCUUUCCGUGGGGAAAGAGGCUUAGAGGGGAGGCACAGAACCAGUGCUAAGACAUCCCUUUCAGGAAAAUUAAAGCCAAAUAAUUUCCUGGGCUAAGAUUGCCAUAAAAGGUACUGAGAGAUCCUCCAGCUUUUUUUACCUUCUCCGUUUAUUUUGUAAAACCCCACCUUCUAAAUUUUUUGCAAAGAUCUAUUUUGAUUACUUCAGAAAAGGUAACAUUUCUAUUUAAAAGUGUAAAUAACGUGAUGCCAGCGGUGUUUGAGUAACGGAGCUAUUUUUUUACUGUUGAAGCUAGGAGAGAGGAGCUCACACGUUGCUACAGUGUGGCACUGUCAGAGCAUAUCAGUAUUAGUGCAAAGUGUAACAAAAAGCUGCGGGUGGAACAGCAUCUCUUUCCUCUUCAGCCAGCUUCAGCCAUUUCCUUGUCACAAGAGGUCUUACCAGACACAGAACAGAGUCACUCAGGGAUAGUUUUUGUAAAUUUAUGGCAGGAGCUAUCAACUUUUUUUAUAUGAGAAAAAAAAAAAAA